CACGGCCAGCUGUACCAAACUGAAAAACCGUAAAAGCAAGAUGACUACCGAGCGUAAACCCAUCCUCGAAUGGCACGAUAUCAUUCUGUAUCCUGAGGAUGUUGCGCUCUUGGAUGACGGGCAAUGGUUGAAUGACGCGAUAAUUAGCUUCCACUAUGAGUGGAUGGAAAGGGAGCUGUUCAAGAAUGACCCCGCUGUGUUGUUUAUGCGCCCGACAAUGGUUGCUUUAGUUUCUCAGUCUGCAGAGCCUGUCGACGCUUUGAAAGGCGUACUUCCUCCAAACUUGAACGAACGCGCUUUUGUGUGGAUGCCUAUCAAUGAUGGAUCAGGACUCAAGGGUGGAGGCAGCCAUUGGAGUCUUCUUGUCUGGCACGCUGGAGGGAACACAUUCUACUACUUUGAUAGCCUGAAAGGAGCGAAUGUGGAGUUCGCACGGCAAACUGCCGAAAGGAUUACACCCUUACUGAAGCAGGAGGGCCAGACGGCACCAGGAUUCGAAAUCGUGAAUACCCCCCAACAAACGAAUGGAUAUGACUGUGGCAUCUACGUAUGCUCAUUGACGGGGUACAUUGGUGGCCAUCACCUCCUUCCGGCUGUGAAUAACCCUGAAAAGCUUUCUUCACCUGAAUUUGCCAAACAGGCACUCCAGGAUCCAGCCUUGAUGAGGAUUGACGACGCCGCCGUGGCGGCAGGACGUAAGUUUUUGAAGGAGACCAUCUUCAAGCUAGCAGAGAAUGAAGGGGAAGCAAAGUAGAAUAAAUUUGAGUUGCCGUAGAGGGCCACUGUAAUAAUAGUCAGACAUGGGUGUGGAUGUAGAUAUCUUUCGAAUUCAUGGGGGGAAAUAGAGAGUAGGCAUUGAAUGAUAUGGAAUGUGAGCUAGUUUUGCAAUUGAAUAAAGCUUACAGUUAUUGUAUACAAAA